CGCUGAUCGUAAUCGAAAUAGUGGCCUUACGUUAGCUACCUGUUCGUCGUUCAUAAUCGCUGCUAAGUUGGGCUUGGGCGGGUGUCUAUCUAUGAGAUAAUAAUUCUUCUUCCUUUAAACAAAAACAAGGCCACCUUUUUUUUCUAACUAGAUGUGUUAGAGAAUGCGGUUCUCAGUACCACACGUAGUAAGCACAUCGCCUCCAGUAGUACUCUCCAGUCCAGGAUGGGUGACCAUCUCCUUGGGGCUAGUCCUUAGCAUGACUUUUCCUGGAGAACUAGAACAUGGCCAAAACAGGUGACGCGAGCGGACCCCAAUCAGUGAGAGGCACCACAGGUGAUCGAGUGAUUUUCCAGCCGCCAUCCCAGGAACAGGGGCAGGAACGUCACUGGCAGCAGGAUUGAGAGGGGACGAACCACGUAGCCGGAGGCCCAGGACCGGGACCGUGCGCGGAUACACUCGGCCAGCGGUCGCCAUCUGGGCCACACGACUGGCGCUUUUCGGUUCGGCUUGUUGCGGGCGUGCAGCAUCAUUCCAAACGCUCUCUCUCAUCGUCCGUCCCUCUAUAAGAAAACUAGCACUCUCACUGUCAUCUAUCGCUCAUGUCGUUGCCUGGUUGGUCCGGUGAGCGAGGAAGAGUAGUAAAUAUCGUGCUGCGCAGGCUGAAACGGACCGAUGACUUGGCCAGUCAUGCAUGGACUCCCGGUGAGUGGGUGGCAAUUUGUUUCACCACUUGGCCAGUCAAAUGGCUGCGAGAACGGGUAAUUGCCACUUCUCGAGUGGAUCAAUUGCCCAUACGUUUAAGGCAUCUUGCAUAAACCCAUUCUGAUGGGGGGAAGCACCGCAUAAUAGUGGCGGAGCCAGGAUUUGCGGCUGGGUAUGCCAUGUAUAAAUUUUUUUAAAGCAAAUACGCAAUAUAAUGAAUGCUAAGUUAUAAUGGCCAUAACAAAUCCAUAAUAAUAACCAAAUUACAAGUUCUAAAUAUAAAUAAUUAAAAUAUAUUAUAAAACAGUAAGGGCUACUACAAUAUAAUCCUACGAUUCCCUUAUUUUUUUAAUGCAUCAACCCUUCAAGUACAAGCUGUAAUAUCUGAACCUUACGCACUAACCCACACCACCACACUCACACACGCAUGCUAGACCUACAACCUAUACCCAGAAAUUAGGCUUGGCACUUGACGGGCACGUCACCCUGACCAUUGUGGUGCAUCCAUGCGUGAGGCAACCGCAAAACACACCUGCAGAAGAAACUAGGAAAAACCCCGGUGGGAAUCGCGAGUCGAGCAGCUCUCGAACUCACGACCGACAGCUCCUCAACCUGGAGCGUUUGCCGCCCAAGCUACGGUUAGUUCCACUUAUUGGAAGAGAUCGAUGAUAUCAUCAUCUUUCAUUUGACUGGAGAAUUCUCUCUUAAUAAAUGUAACCAAACAAUUGUUCCUUGCUGGACUAGUGGGCUUUGUUUCUCCAUGCGCGUAUAAAUAUGUAUACUUGUUAACUUUUUCUCUCAAAUUAUAGGUAUGCCGAGGCAUACAGGGGCAUACCCUGCCGCCGCCCCAGCCACAUAAGCAGUUUGCUGUAGAUGACGACCCAUACUAAGCUGUUUACUUCACUCUAUUGCAAAAACUACCAGGACAUAUACAUGCAGAGGCACGAAACGAGAAGGCCAAAUUAAACUAGUUGAGCUAAGCUUGUCCAAGUACUUGGAUUAGGCUUACUUAUCAUGUUACAGUAAAGAUCUCAUACAAAUAGUAAAACUCAGGCGUGAUAAAUUUUUAAGCUCUAAUCAACGAUUCUUGGUGGAAUACCCAAAAAUUGUCACUCUAUACAAGUGUCUAGCUUCCAUAAAAAGACUACAUCGGCGGCUCCACAAAUUAAUGAAACUAACUGAAUCAGUUAAGCAUAUAUGCAUAUGCCAACUAUGUCAGCCGUUAGAUCUCCACCCGAUGCAUAUUCUGAUUUCGCUGGUCGAUAGGCGCUAACCAUAUUCUGAUUCUUCCUCGCGUCGCGCCGGCCGUCGCCGCCCCUGGCCGUGUAGCCCUAGGGAUCCUCAUGUAGAACUGUAGAAGAAUCUUAAAUGGUUAGCUACUUGGUAUCCUCUGGGUUCUGAUAGACUUGUUCGAUUAUUCUACACUGUCACCUUAUCUAUUGCAUGUGCACCCCUAUACAAUACUCUCUGAAGUCAAAAAGUAUGUAUGUGCGGCGGCUCAUAGAGCAGCACCAAAGCUUGUACUCCUACUCCUUUGUGUAUGUAUUUUCAAACAUAAAGAGUCUAACUGUGAACCAACAAGAAGGCUUGUGGCCGGCCGGCGGCUAACGCGAAAGUAACAGAGUAAAAAAGAAGAAGAAGGAUGGCACGUUAUUAGGUGACGCUGCUCGUGUCAGACAUGGGGGUCAUAUAGCGAGCAGCCGAUGCGCAGGCAUGCCCAACUACACUGACCACCUGACCAGCUAAGUGGAGAGACAGAGAAACUAGCUAGGGUAGCUUAGCUAGGGAGAAAUGGGGCCACCGGAGGCCGCCGGCGCCGCAGCAACAGGCCGCGGCGGCAAGCCGCACGCGGUGGUGGUGGCGUACCCGCUGCAGGGCCACCUCAUCCCCGUGACGCACCUCGCGCUGCGCCUCGCGGCGCGGGGCUUCGCCGUCACCUUCGUGAGCACGGAGGCCGUGCACGACCAGACGGCGCGCGCGCUGGGCGCCGACCCGGACGGGUACGACGUCUUCGCGGCGGCGCGCGCGUCGGCGUCGGGCCAGCAGGGGCUGGACGUGGCGUGCGAGCUGGUGAGCGACGGCCUCCCCGUGGGGUUCGACCGGUCGCUGCACCACGACGACUUCAUGGGCGCGCUGCUCCACGCGCUGCCCGCGCACGUCGAGCGCCUGCUCCGCCGCGUCGUCGUGGACCCGGCCGCCACGUUCCUCGUCGCCGACACCUUCUUCGUGUGGCCCGCGACGUUGGCCAGGCGCCUCGGCAUCGCCUACGUGUCCUUCUGGACCGAGCCGGCGCUCAUCUUCAACCUCUACUACCACAUGGACCUGCUCACCCAGAACGGCCACUUUAGAUGCGACGGUCAUUAUUUUAGAAACUGAACUAAUACAAUCGUCUUGCCAGAAAAUCUUCUUGUUGGAGUUGGACUAAUAAUAAUGUCUAGUGGUACGUAAUGUUUUUGCUGA